GCUGCUACGCCAUUUGCUCGCACCUCCAGACGGACCUCUUACGAUUUCAAUUGCUUCGCGCUGAUCAUCAUCUGUUUAUGGCUUAUAAUCGUUGCGAUUGAAACGCAGCUCACAGUUACACCCGUUAUUCUACACUCGAGUCUCAAGGCUUGUUGUGCGUGAUCAAUCUUAUUCGGCCGAAAUAGAUUGCAGCUCUCACUGAUCCUGGCACCUUCCCGGCUUGUCAAUCCUCCCGUCGAUGAUGCGAGACCAUGCCCAGGAUCAUUUUGCCGAUCAGCAACGCACCGAAGCGUGAUUUGCCCGCAACCACAACUACCCAAAGCCACCUACUCAAUACGUUAUGGCUGCUACACCCGCCUAUUUGGUGUCGUCCCUCGCCUCGUAGACACAGCUUAUUUCCUGUCAGGAUGUUGACCUUAGACGACGUAUAUAAAUGGCGAACACUGGCCAGGUCCUGAUGAAGCAGCGAUCACCUCGCUCAAUCGUCCAUCAUGCGUUCGAUUAUCGCGUCUCUUCUGGCUUCAGCCGCCGUCUUCACCGGCCUCGCGAUAGCUGCUCCAUCUGUCAAGCAUGACAAACGAUCUUUGGUCGAACGUGACGGCGUAGUGUACAAUGUAUUUGAGCAUGCUGCCACUGGAGCAAAGAUUGAGUUCGUGAACAACUCCGGCAUUUGCGAGACGACGAAGGGCGUCAACCAGUACUCCGGGUACCUCAGCGUCGGCACAAACAUGAACAUGUGGUUUUGGUUUUUCGAAGCACGACAAAAUCCGUCCACGGCCCCUCUCACUGCGUGGUUCAAUGGAGGUCCCGGCUGCAGCUCGAUGAUCGGCCUGUUCCAGGAGAAUGGUCCAUGCCAUUUCCCCUAUGGCAGUUCGAGUACCACGCCCGUCAACAACACGUUCAGCUUCAACAACUAUGCCAAUAUGUUGUACAUCGACCAGCCCAUCGGUGUCGGGUUCUCCUACGGCACCGAUUCGGUCAGCUCCACUGAGACUGCGGCCCCAUACGUGUGGAAACUGAUUCAAGCCUUUUACGCAUCAUUUCCUCAAUACGAAUCUCGCGACUUUGGCAUCUUUACGGAGUCAUAUGGUGGGCAUUAUGGGCCCGAAUUCGCCAAGUACAUUCUAGACCAAAACAAUGCCAAUGCUGGAGAAACGAUCAAUUUAAUUGCUCUGGGGAUCAAUAAUGGGUGGUUCGAUGCCAAAAUUCAAGAGCCCGCAUAUGCCACAUAUCUGUACAACAACAGUCACAAGCCAUUGAUCAGCAAGAGUCAGUACACGUCAUACAUCAACGCUUUUAACACCAAAUGUCUUCCGGGACUAAAUUCAUGCGCCUCGAGUGGAAGCAACUCUGCAUGUAGCAGCGCCAGCAAUGCCUGCUACAAUGCAAUUGAAGGGCCCCUCUCGCAGGUCGCAGACUUCGACGUUUAUGACAUCCGAGCACCAAGCAAUGAUCCGCAACCUCCGGAGACGUACGUCAACUAUCUUACAUCGGCCGCUGUUGUGAAGGCUAUCGGAGCUAAGUCAACGUAUCAAGAAUGCUCUGAUUCCGCGGGCAACAAGUUCAGUCCUACAGGUGACAACCCGCGCUCAUUCCUUGACGAGCUCAGCGACGUGGUUUCAGCAGGCGUCACUACGUUGAUCUGGGCAGGCGAUGCAGACUGGAUUUGCAACUGGUACGGAGUGCAGGACGUUGUGAACCAAGUUACGUAUUCGGGCCAAACUGCGUUCAGAGCGAAGACUCUUAGCCCAUACAAAGUGAACGGAAAGGAAGGAGGGCAAUUUAAGACUCAAGACAACCUGUCUUUCUUGAGAGUUUACGAUGCCGGUCACGAGGUGAUGUACUACCAACCUGAGCUGGCACUUCAAGCUUUCGUACAGACGAUGAAGAAGGGUGCCAUUGCUUCGACGUAGAAGUGUGGAAGCGCCGUGUUAUAGCUUACAGAUGUAAACGUUAGAAU